AUGCAGAACAAAAAUUUGUAUGAAUACAAUGUCCUCAUUAGCAACUACACUAAAAAUGAUCAUUGGUACAAAGCAUUGCUCUGUUUUCGACAACUUUUGGAAACGGGUCAUGACCCGGAUAACUUCACAUUGCCUUGUGUGGUUAAAUCUUGUGUUGGGAUGUCAAAUUUGAGUUAUGGAAUGAUGGUUCAUGGAAUGGCAAUCAAGUCGAGUUUGUUUUCGGAUGUUUUUGUACGUAAUGCUUUCGUUACAAUGUAUGGGAAGUUCGGGUUUGUUGAGGAAGCAGUUAAAGUGUUUGAUUUUAUGCCUCAAAGAAACUUAGUCACUUGGAAUUCAAUGAUUUCGGCAUUGGCUGAUAACGGGUACUUUAGAGAAAGUUUUGGUGUGUUUUUGGAGUUUUGGACAGAUGAAAAGCGUUUAAUACCGGAUGUUGCUACAUUGGUGACGUUGCUACCUGUUUGUGGUGCUAAAAAGGAAGUUUUGUUAGGGAAAAUGGUUCAUUCUUUGGCUGUAAAGUUUGGAUUUUGUCGGGAUUUGAAGGUGCAAAACGCGUUGAUGGAUAUGUAUAUGAAAUGUGGAUGUGUGGUAGAAGCAGAAGUUAUGCUUGAUAGAAUUGAUAACAAGAAUGUUGUUACUUGGAAUUUGAUUAUUUGGGGAUGUUCAGAAGGCGGUGAAAGUGAACAAGCGUUCGAAUUAAUGCGUAAAAUGCAAGAUGGGGGUGAUGGUGUAAAGCCUGAUCAGGUCACGGUUUUACACGUCUUGAAAGUUUGUUUGGACUGUUCACAUCUGUUCAAAGUGAAGGAACUUCAUGGGUAUUUGGUUCGUUUUGGGAUUGAAUCUGAUGAACUGGUUGCAAAUGCUUUGGUUGCAGCUUAUGCAAGAUGUGGACGCAGGUCAUCAGUGUGUUUGGCUGAGAAUGUUUUUAACAAUUUGAAGGACGUGACGGUGAGUUCUUGGAAUGCACUUAUUAGUGGCUAUGCAAAAAAUGGUGAACCUUUAAAGGCGAUAAAUUUGUACAGGAAAAUGACAUCUUCUGGCUUUAAACCCGACUGGUACACCCUUGGUAGCCUGCUUUUAGCUUCUGCAGAGCUAAAGUCGUUGAAAUAUGGCAAAGAGGCUCACGGGUUUGUGCUUAGAAACGGGUUGGAAACUGAUACACACAUUGGUAAUUCACUACUUUCAUUCUACAUACAAUGUGAGAAACCAAUGUCUGCAAAGAUCAUGUUUGAUGGACUACAAAAUAAAAAUAUAGUGUCAUGGAAUGUGAUGAUCGCUGGUUACUCACAGACGAGGCAGCCAAAUGAAGCUUUAGAUCUCUUUCAUACCAUGGUUUACAAUGGAAUUCAACCACACGAGAUUGCAACCACGAGUGUAUUAAGUGCUUGUUCUCAGUUGUCUGCUUUAAGGCUCGGACAGGCAAUCCACUGUUUUGCAUUAAAGAAUAACCUCACAAAGGAUAUGUAUGUAAAUUCUUCAAUCAUAGACAUGUAUGCGAAAUGUGGAUGCAUAAAAGCUUCCCGGAAUGUUUUUGACCAAUUGGAUAAAAAGCAUGCUGGACUCUGGACAGUUGUGAUUGCAGCCUAUGGGAUUCAUGGGCAGGGACAGGAAGCCAUGGAACUAUUCAGUGAAAUGCAGAAUUUGUUUGUGAAACCUGACCACUUCACCUUCAUUGCAAUCUUGAUGGCAUGUAACCAUGGUGGGUUAGUUGAAGAGGGUCUUAAGUUAUUCAAUGAGAUGCAGACGGUCCACGGAAUAGAGCCAAAACUCGAGCAAUAUGCAUGUGUAAUUGAUAUGCUAGGUCGUGCACAACGAUUUGAUGAGGCCAUGAUGCUUACAGGUAAGAUGCCUGUGGAACCUGAUGCUAGAAUUUGGUGUUCAUUGCUUAGUUCAUGUAGAGUUCAUAGUAAUAUGGAGUUAGGAAAAACUAUUUCUGAGAAGUUAUUACGGCUCGAGCCAAAUCAAGCAGAAAACUAUGUGUUGUCAUCAAAUCUGUUUGCCAGUUUUGGCGACUGGGAUAAUGUUCGAAAAAUUAGACAAAAAAUGAGGAAAUCUGGACUUAAGAAGGAAAUUGGUUGUAGUUGGAUUGAAGUUGAAAGGAAAGUAUAUAACUUUUAUGCUGGCGAUACAAUUCUACCAGAUAUAAGCCACAUGUGGAGAAGAUUAGAAGAUGAUAUCACCCGACAUGGGUAUAAACCAGAUACAAGAUGCGUCCUUCAUGAACUAACAGAAGACGAAAAAGUCGAUAUCUUGAGGGCUCACAGUGAGAAACUUGCUGUUUCUUUUGGUUUGUUAAGAACAGGUAAAGGCAAAACAUUAAGGAUCUUCAAGAACCUGCGUAUAUGUGAAGAUUGUCACAGCGCUAUUAAGUUGGUGUCAAAAGUUGUUGACAGAGAGAUAAUAGUAAGAGACAAUAAGCGGUUUCAUCAUUUUAGAGACGGCCAAUGCUCCUGUGGGAAUUACUGGUAAAAUUAGAAUGAGGAAGUUAGAGGAGGGAGUUAUGAGUCCAAGUUGGAGGAUAAGAUGGUGGGUUUAGGAUAUAAUGAUGAUGACAA